UUCGGUCUCCGGCUCCAAUUUCUAUUUCUUUUACUAUAUAUACUAAAUAUUAUUUUCCAUCUUCUUGCUCAGCUUCUUCCCCACCCACCCCCAAUCUAUUCCCUAACCCUAGUCGCCAUGGACCGAGACGGCGACCCGGCGUUCCACCGGAACGAGGCCAUCUCCGCCGUGCAGGACGUCGACCAGUACUACGGAGAGGACGACGAUUUCGACGAGCUCUACAACGACGUCAACGUCGGCGACGUCUUCCUCCGCAACGCCCAUCCGCCGCCGCCGCCCGCGCAGCAGAAUCACCACCACCACCAGCAGCAGCUCCCUCCAACGCCCGCGCAGCAGAAUCACCACCAGCAGCUCCCUCCAACGCCCGCGCAGCAGAAUCACCACCACCAGCAGCAGCUCCCUCCUCCGCCCCUGUCGCAGCCGCUACAGGCCCCGCCUCAUUCUCUCCCGCCGCCGCCGCCGCAUGCUCCGCCCCAGCAGAAGGCCUACGCGCCUGCUGUUGCAGCGCCGGGUCCGAGUCAGCCGCCGCCUCAGACGAAUCUCCCGCCGCCACCUUCUCAUCCCCCAUCCGCGUCCGUGCUUCUGCCGCCUCAGCACCACCAGGGCGACGGGUUCCACCGUCCUGGAGGGAACUACAGCGGUGGUCCUGUCGUUGUCGCCAACGGAGCCGGCUUUGGCGGGGGCGAUGUCUCCGGCGGCACGACGCUGUUCGUCGGCGACCUCCACUGGUGGACUACCGACGCUGAUCUGGAGGCUGAGCUCAGCAAGUAUGGGACGGUGAAGGAGGUGAGGUUCUUCGACGAGAAGGCCAGCGGCAAGUCCAAGGGGUACUGCCAGGUCGACUUCUACGACCCUGGUGCCGCUGCUUCCUGCAAGGAGGGCAUGAACGGCCACUCUUUUAAUGGCCGUCCAUGUGUUGUGGCAUUCGCAUCUCCCAACACUGUGCGUCGCAUGGGCGAGGCGCAGGCGAAGUCCCAGCAGGCCUUGGCUGUACAGACAUCAUCACUGCAACCAAAGGGUGGUAGAGGGGGUGGUGGUUUCGGAAUGCCUCAUGCCGGUGGUAAUUACAGUGGCGGACGUGGAGGUGCUGUAUCAGGAGGCGGUGGUGGGAACUGGGGUAGAGGUGGUGGUGGUAGAGGCCCUAUUGGUAAUAUGAGGAACAACAGAAUGGGUCCGGCAGUUGGCCGUGGAAUCGGGAAUGGCAUGGUUGCGCCGCCACCCCCAAUGCUGCCUCAGGGAGGCAUGCUGGGGCAGGGGUUUGAUCCUGGUUAUGGCGCCAUGGGAAGGAUGGGUGGUGGGUUUGGUAACUUCCCUGUUGGACCAGGUGCUGGGCCGUUUCCUGGGAUGAUGCAGCCAUUUCCUCCAGUUGUUGCACCACACAUAAACCCGGCCUUCUUUGGUCGUGGUGCGAUGGGGGCUGGUGGGGUGGGGAUGUGGCCUGAUCCCGGCAUGGGGGCUUGGGGUGUGGAAGAACAAUCAAAUUAUGGGGAUAAUGCAGUGUCUGACCAUCAAUAUGGGGAAGGGGGAGGCCAUGGGAAGGAGAGGCCACCGGAUAGGGAAUGGUCUGGUGCACCAGAGAAGAGGCUGGACAGAGAGAAAGAUAUGCACCCUCAACAGGAGCAGCCGGAGAGGAGGCACCGGAAUGAGCGUGACAUGGGCCGAGAGAGAGAUCGCAACUAUGACAGAGACAGGGAAAGAGAUCGUGACAGAGAGAGAGACCGAGACAGAGAUAGGGACAGACACAGGGAUGACAGAGAUCGUUAUGGUGAUCAUCACAGGCACAGGGACCGUGAUUCAGAGCGUAAUGAAGACUGGGACAGGGGGAGGUCAUCUGGGAAACGCAGCAGGUCCAGGGAAGCUGACCAUUCUAAACGUAGACGGAUGACUGCUCAAUAGUGUAGCUGGCUGAGCUACAUCUAGUGUAGAGGCUAUGACGUUCCAGGGCAGCGACCUCUUUGCACCCAGGCAUUGUUCAGUAACAACCAUCAACUGCUUACUGCUUGUAGCUGUGAUGGCUUUCACUGCAUAUAUCUCCGCGGUCUGUUGUAGCAAUAAUUUGAGAUAUAUCAGCGGUUGGAAUCUGUUAUGUGCUACACAAAGAUCGCCUUCCCUGGAUGCUAGUUGUCUCAUGUUUUUAUGGGUCGUCAAAUAUCUAAAAACAAAGACACAGAAAUAAAUCGAGGUGUCGUUCUGUUGCUAGAUGGAAUAUUCAGUAUGUGAGACUUUGUAUAAAUAUACCGGCUUGCUUCGCUUGUUCCUCUGUUGACAAA